AUGGAGGGUGCAGCUGCAGGUCUCCCGCUCCAGGCUGCAGCGGGGCUCAUCUGUCACCGCUCCCGGGGCGCCCGGCCCCAGCCCAGGGAGCGCCCGGAGAGCAGCCCUGCUCUGUGGAGGCCCUGGCUGGUCACAGUAAGAGAUGGUGAGAUGUCAGAGAAUCAACAAAUGUCAGAGCUGGACAGUCAACUAAUACAUUUUAGAUCAAAAGGAGCCUUGGGGUUUCAGCAUCCAGUGAGACUUUAUUUGCCCAAGUCUAAAUCCCAAGAGUUUCUUAGUAACAUCGGAGAGAAGGUUCUGGCGAGUUUUCCAGUACAAGCUACAAUUCACUUCUACAAUGACGACGACGACUCUGAGGAAGAUGAAGAAAAUGGUUCAGCUUAA